AUGGGAAACACUUCACAUUUUUCAUAUUUCACUCUUUCCGCAUACCUUGACUCUGGACUUUUAAAAUAUCUGUAUUUCUUGGUUGUUGUGUGUGUUUAUGCUGUAAUAAUUUGCACUAAUGUUCUGCUGAUUGUGGUUAUCUGUGUGAACAGGAGCUUACAUGAACCCAUGUACCUUUUUCUGUGCAGUCUGUUUGUUAAUGAACUGUUCGGUAGUGCAGGAUUGUUUCCAUUCCUUCUGGUUCAGAUUCUCAAAGACAUUCACACUAUUUCUAUUUCACUUUGUUUCCUGCAGGUUUAUAUAUUUUUUUCAUAUAUAAAUGUCCAAAUUUGUAUCUUGGCUGCUGUGUCUUACGACCGAUACCUGGCCAUCUGUUUUCCGCUGCAGUGUCACACUCAUAUGACAUGUCGAAAAGCUGCUGUACUUAUUGCUCUGACGUGGGUUUAUCGUUUUGUGGAGGCUGGUGUUAUGGUUUCUUUAAGUGCCCCUUUACAGCUGUGUGGAAACAUUAUCCCCAAAGUCUACUGUGAUAAUUACUCUAUAGUUAAACUGGCCUGUUCAGAUACCACAGUCAAUAACAUCUAUGGAAUAGUUUAUACAGUUAUCGUAAUAAUUGGAAUCCUGAGUGUGUUUUUGUACACUUACAUGAAGAUUCUUAAAGUGUGUUUUUCAGGAUCUAAAGAGACCAGACAAAAGGCCAUCAGUACCUGUACACCUCACCUGGCUUCACUGUUGAACUUUACUAUCGGAGGAAGCUUUGAAAUAUUUCAGAGCAGGUUUAAUAUGAGCUCUUUACCCAGUGUGCUGCGUAUUUUUCUGUCAUUAUACUGGAUCACAUGUCAGCCACUCUUUAACCCGUUAAUAUAUGGACUGAAUUUGACCAAAAUCCGUGACUCAUAUCGAAGGGUUUUUGUUAGCAAAAUGUAA